AACAUUCUCCAACAAGCUUCAAAUAGAUAGUCGCCGCACGAGAGAAAUUUAUUUCAUAAUACUACUUGCAAGUUGCAAUUAACAUAGAAUCUACAAAGUUUAUCAAACCCUUAAUUAAUUACGAGAAGAUUAUUAUUUAAAGCCCCUUCCCCUUUCUCUAUAUUAGGCCCAUUUUUGCAGCUCUUGUCUAGCUCUCUUUCCCCUUUCAACUUUCCACUUUCUCUCUCCCUCUCCCUCUCCCAUUUCACAGUACAACAGCUCUCUCCAAAGGGUGAAAGAGCUUCAGCAAAUAACAAUGAAGCUCUUUAACCUCUGCCUCUUCUCUUUGCUUCUUUCUCUUUCAAGUGCUGCAACAUUUUCUCCAAAAGUUGGUGUGAACUAUGGUACAUUAGGUAAUAACUUACCAAAACCUUCAAAAUCAGUUGAACUAAUCAAAAGUCUUAAAGCUGGGAGAGUCAAACUUUAUAGCCCAGAUCCAGAAAUCCUGAAAGCCCUUAGUGGCACAAACCUUCAAGUCUCAAUCAUGGUACCAAAUGAGAUCAUAUCCAACAUUUCGACCAACCAAGCAAUGGCGAAUGAUUGGGUCAAGAACAAUUUGGUUGCUUAUCCUCAUACCUUGAUUAGGUAUAUCCUUGUUGGGAAUGAAAUCCUUAGUUUCACAGGUGAGGCUGAUAAAAAGAAAUGGCAUGAUCUAGUCCCGGCUAUGCGGAAAAUCAAUUACGCCCUCAAAACAUAUGGCAUUCGUAAAGUCAAAGUCGGGACAACCUUGGCUAUGGAUGUCCUUGAAUCCUCGUUUCCUCCAUCGAAUGGUACCUUUAGGUCUGACAUUGCUGUUUCUGUUAUGAGACCAAUGUUGCAGUUUCUCAGCAACACGAAAUCAUUUCUGUUUUUAGACUGUUACCCUUAUUUUGCUUGGUCACAGAGCUAUAAAAGCAUCAGCCUAGAUUAUGCAUUGUUCAAUGGUGAUGUAACAUACAAAGACCCAACCAGUGGGUUGACAUAUACCAAUUUGCUUGAUCAAAUGCUUGAUUCUGUUCAUUUUGCAAUGAAGAAGCUUGGGUACCCUGGUAUUAGAAUCUGGAUUGCUGAAACAGGUUGGCCCAAUGGUGGAGAUAUUGACCAAAUUGGAGCUAAUGUCUACAAUGCUGCUACUUACAAUAGAAAUUUGGUUCAAAGGUUGAAUGCUAAACCCCUUGUUGGAACUCCUGCUAUGCCUGGUGUAGUUUUGCCAACCUUCAUAUUUGCUUUGUUUAAUGAGAACCAAAAGAGCGGUCCAGGUACUGAGCGACAUUGGGGACAAUUUUACCCUGACGGGUCAAGUAUUUAUCCAAUUGAUUUGACGGGUAAGACCCCUGUAUCAUCUUAUCCACCUUUGCCAAAACCGGAUAACAAUGAACCAUACCAGGGGAAAAUAUGGUGUGUAGUUGCAAAAGAUGCAAACAUGACUCAACUAGCAGAUGCAGUAACAUAUGCUUGUGGUCAAGGGAAUGGGACUUGCGCUGCAAUCCAGCCAAAGGGCGAUUGUUACACGCCAAACUCAUCAGUUUUUCAUGCUAGCUAUGCAUUCAGCUCAUAUUUUGCACAAAUGAAGAGUCAAGGUGGUACUUGUUACUUCAGUGGCCUUGCUGUUCAGACCGCCAAGGAUCCCAGUUAUGGUAAAUGCAAGUAUCCGAGUGUUACUCUUGCUUAAGGCGAUUGUGAAUCAAGUAGGGAGCAGCCCGAGCACAAGACGUAUUCAGUAGCGCUUUUCAUAGCGAGUAACUAUCUUAUAGGGAGUAUUUGAUUAACUUGAUUUUUGGGGCGGUAAUUCGGUUACCCAUUUUCUUAUGAUGAUUGAGCAUCAGUUCUAUUAUUCAAACCAGUUGCUUGAAGCUGGUUUUGGAUAAUUUUAGUGGACAUCACGAUCACUUCCCAUGUUUUGGUACCAUUCUUUGCUAAGAUGAUGCCUUUCUGUAUCAAACUUCAGUGCAUGUAUCUUUCACAUGCACAUUUUCUAUGGAAAUGACUGUUAUUUUCCAAUUA